AUGGUUGUCGAUCUUGACGGAAAGCAUCUUAUCCGAGCCACGGAACAGAGGGCUUCAAAACCAACCGUAUUAGGAAUUGGCCCAGAUCCCCAUGCGCUAGCGAAGGCACAAGAUAUCGAGCGCAUAUGUGCUCGUGACCAUAUACUCUGCGUCCACCCCAAGACCCUUCUCUUCGGUGAGAAGGAGGUUGCUGUGUUUGGCUGCAGGAACCCUGAGGAGAUCCCAUGGGCUGCUGCUGGUGCUGAGUACGUUGUUGAGUCCACCGGUGUUUUCACUGACAAGGACAAGGCUGCAGCUCACAUUAAGGGUGGUGCCAAGAAGGUCAUCAUUUCUGCUCCCAGCAAGGAUGCUCCCAUGUUUGUCUGUGGUGUCGAUGAGAAGGAAUACAAGUCUGACAUCGACAUUGUCGCCAACGCUAGCUGCACCACUAACUGCCUUGCUCCUCUUGCUAAGGUGCUUAUCAUUGCAGUUUUGUGCUGCUCAAACCAACCGCCAAUAUUGGGAAUGCAACCCAGAAGACUGUUGAUGGUCCUUCCAGCAAGGACUGGAGAGGUCAUUCCAAGCAGCACUGGUGCCGCAAAGGCUGUUGGCAAGGUGCUCCCAGAGCUUAACGGAAAGUUGACUGGAAUGGCCUUCCGUGUUCCCACUGUUGAUGUUUCUGUUGUUGAUCUGACUGUUAGACUUGCGAAGCCAGCAACCUAUGAUCAGAUUAAGACUGCUAUCAAGUGAG